UGGAGCCGUAAAGGAAGUGAAGUGUCACCGCAAGUCUCGCCAAAACACCGAGCUGUGGAGUCGCCGCUGUAGUGACCUGCCGCCCCUCAGUCCAGCUCUAAAGUGACACACAGCACGCUGAGCUCGGAGGUCCUGCCAUCUGCUGGAAAGCUGGAGGCCUGGAGUGCCGGCGUCAUGGUGAAGAAUGUUCCGCAAGGUCAAGAAGCGCCACAGCAGCAGCAGCUCCCAAAGCAGUGAGAUCAGUACCAAGAGCAAGUCUGUAGAUUCCAGUCUGGGAGGUCUGUCCAGGUCCAGCACAGUCGCCAGCCUCGAUACAGACUCCACCAAGAGCUCAGGUAACAGUGCAUCUGAAACUUGUGCUGAGUUCAGAGUGAAAUAUGUGGGAGCUAUUGAGAAGCUGCAGUUUGAGAUGAGCAAGACCCUCCAGGAGCCUCUGGACCUGAUCAGCUAUAUUGAUGCAGCUCAGCAAGACGGAAAGUUGCCGUUUGUGCCUGGAGAAGAGGAGAUGAUCCUGGGAGUGUCCAAGUAUGGAGUCAAGGUGGCGUCUUUGGACCAAUGUGAUGUGUUGCACCGCCACCCCCUCUACCUGAUCGUACGCAUGCUGUGCUAUGACGACGGUCUGGGUGCUGGGAAGAACCUGCUGGCACUCAACACCACUGACGUCAAGCAGCAGGAGUGCAGCAUCUGGGUCUACCAGUGCAGCAGCGCGGAACAAGCCCAGGCCAUCUGUAAAGUGCUGUCAGCGUCCUUCGACUGUGCCCUGUCUUCAGAGAAAUCCUGAGGCCCUACACUGUUUUUUUUUUUGUCUCUCGCUGCGUUUUUUUCUCUCUUUUUUAAGGCUAGGCCUCUCUCAGAGCUCAACAGAUGAGCAACAUGCCGUCCCUCAGGCUCUAGAAGCCCUGGCUAAUGUUUACGAUAUUGGUAGAAGUUGCCUUUUCCACACUGACCUGAGGUCAAGAUCAGGUACAACUGCUUCAAGAUCAGUAUAGAAGGGCAACCUCUACAGGGAGCAGUGUUUACAUCAUACAUUAUUUCAUCUUAUUUAGCAUCCUCUGCUCCUAGCAUCGCUGCCUCCAUGACCCAAAGCUCUGCCUACCAAGUUUGGGCGGUCUCUAUUUUUGUAACGUAAUUUAAUCUUAUUUAAUGUAAAUAUACAUUGAGCUCAGUGCACAGUUGCUGCCAUGGCCCAGUAACUCUGCGGUUCCUGAGCACGCAUGGGAUUAAUGCUAUCAGUGGUACAGUAAUUACAGUUAGUACAGAGGAGCACAAGGAUACGUUCAUCAAAAAUGCUGUAAAUUGAAGUUCUUUAUAGCACUGUCUGACAUUCAGUGCUGUUUGGAGCACACCCCCUUGCUGACCUCCCCCACUCUCCUGGUCUAGAUGGGAUCGGGCCGGUUGACACGGUACAAUAAAAUCAAACUUUUAAUUGAUCAGAA